AUGGCCCCACAGGACUUGGAGGCAGGAGCCCCCAGGCACGCAGAGGCAGACAUGCAGACCCUGAGGCGGCAGGCUGCCUGGCCCUGUGUUCCCCGGGGGACCCUGGAAGUGGAUUUCCCUCCGCCUCUCUACAGCGAUGACUACCUGUCCCAGGAGGGUCCCCGCUGGACUCCGGCCAUCAAGCAGGCCACGCGCUGGAAGUACACGCCCAUGGGACGCGACGCGGCCGGCCAGCUGUGGUACACGGGCCUGACCAACUCGGACUCCCGGGAAGCCUGGUACACGCUCCCACGGGCUCCGGACAGCCCGUACCGUGAGGCUUAUGCCCGCUGGCACGGGUGCUAUGGCCACCGGGAGCGCAGCCUGCCCCCCGCCUACACCCAGCGUCUGCGGGAGACGGCCUGGUAUGACCCCAUCAUCCCCGCCCAGUACACAGACCCCAGCACUCGGUGGGGAAGCGUGCUGUGGAAGGACAGGCCCAUCAGGGGCAAAGAAUUCGCCAUCAACAGGCACCGUUUCGGGGCGGAACCGCUCUGGCGGGCGUCUGACUAUGUGCAGUACCUGUCAGCGCCCCAGCGCCCGCGCUACACCGCCCAGAACUACCGACAGUGGGGCCUGGAACCCUACUGUCCCGCCACCAACCAGCGGCCCCCGCCCGUCUAUACAUCCAGUCACUGAUAAAGAUCGUGCUGCUGCCCGACGCGGCUCUGCAGGGGCGCAGGCGCCACCACUCCCACCCGCCCUGGGCGUCCGUCCGCCUCUGGGGCCGGGGCCUGGGGGCAGUCAGGUAAAGGGAGAGCCUGGUGGCCAAACUCGAGGCAGAGGCAGACAGACGCCCACCCUGGCCCCGCCCCUGGCCGAGGCAAACCGCCAAGGCAGUCCCGGCCCAGGCAGCUCUUUAUUCAUGGUCAGCAGUGGCCUGGGCGCAGGGGAUUGCACUCGUGGACCC